GAUAUCGGUGCAGGUAGAGCAAAGAUAAUCAACAUUCAAGUAGAUCGUCUUAAAAAAACACUCUGUCCUUUCCAUCCCGUCAGAUGAUGAAGGGUUGUGUUGCGCAAAAGCAAUCGUAUAUGCCCUAGCUUAUCUUGAGCAAGACAAGUCAGCGCUUAAUUCUAUACGGGAUCGGAGACGAUCUGUUCUAAUGCUACGAGCUCAAGAAUUACACAAGUGUGCUGAAGUUCCUCUUGGUCCUUGUACAUACACUGAAAUCUGCACAUUUGAAAAUCAUCUAAAUAUACAAAUCGUAGUAAUAAGCAGUGAAAAUUUAAAUAAAGUCUCGUAUAAAGGAAGAUAUCGAACUCGUCGCAUUAAUUUGUGGCAACACAAUGGCCAUUUUGAUGUCAUUACAAAUUUACACGGUUUUUAUGGUUCGAAAAACUAUUGCGAAAAUUGUGAAAAGCCAUAUGACCGUCCAGAAGAUCACAGGUGUGACAAUAUGUGUCAUGUCUGCCUAAGAUUUCAAUGCGUUCCAGCAUUGCCUAAAAGAUGUAAAGAUUGUGAUCGCCUCUGUCAAUCUGAGGACUGCUUUGCAGCGCAUAAAGCCGUCACAGGUAGACAAGAGCAUUCAGUAUGCGAUAGGAUGUAUCAGUGCAGACAAUGCUCAAAAGUUAUCAUGCGACGGCAGUGUCCUAAAAUUUUACAUCGUUGCGGGACUAUCAAAUGCCCUUCGUGUAAAGAGUAUGUUAUAGCGUCAGAACAUCAUUGUUUCUUACAACUCAUUUCUGCGAAAAGUCCAUCCGAUAAAUUAAUUUUCUUUGAUUUCGAAACUGACCAAUCAUCAGGGGAACACAUCGUAAACUUUGCUGUAGCGCAGUACAAAGAUGGCCAAGAGAAAAUAUUUAAAGGAUACGAAGCAUGUCAUGAAUUCUGCUCUUGGCUGUUUACAAACAGUGCACAAAAAAAUUACACUGUUAUUGCACACAAUAUGAAGGGAUUUGAUUUGACGGUCAGUUUAUAA